AUGAAAACUGAGAACAGCGACGAUGUUACCGAACGAAGUUUUGAUGAUGACGACGUCACUUUGAAUGUUGAGGAUGAUGAUGCUUCCUCCGCCAAUUCUGAGAGAGAUGAAAGUCUUAAUGCGAAUGAUGCAGAUGACGAGGCUGGGAUCAGUUCCGACGGAAGUGGGUCAAGCAAGAAACAGAGAAGAAACAGAACAACAUUCUCUGCCGAGCAGCUCCGAGAGCUUGAGUCAGUGUUCCAGCACACACACUACCCCGACUGCACCCUCCGGGAACAGAUCGCAGAUAAGGUGGACCUGACGGAGGCAAGGGUGCAGGUUUGGUUUCAAAACAGAAGAGCUAAAUGGAGGAAGCAGGAGAAGAGUAUGGUUCGAAUGAUUGAUGUUUGGAGGCAAAGAUGCGACACCUACCCACAAAUCAUCUCACAUCCGCUACAGUCCCUUCCGCCAUCACUUCCAUCUACCAUACGACCACCAUUGUUUCCAUGGAUACCGAGGUUUCCGGUUUCUUUUCCUCCAUUCUUCCAACUGCCCACAUUUCCCACAGACAAUUCACAGCCCUUGUUCAAAGUUAACUUGAACCUGCAGCCCCCGAAGUCUCCGACAGUUCCAUCACCUUCACGGAAAUAUGAAACCUACGCACGGGACUACCUUGAAAGACUGUCAACUGAAUCAAAGGAACGUUUUACAGCAACAUCGGAGAAAGAAUCGUCAACGCAUUCCAAAACACGCGAUACGUCAUGA